GCUUUUUUCAGCCAAGCUUUGCCGAAGCUCUCCUGCGCGUCUGUCGGUGAUUCAGAGUUCCACGAUUGAAGCCCAAUACGAUGGGGAAGGGAGGUCGCGGCGGCGGUAUGGGCGGAGGAAGGAUUUCUCUGAGUCAAGCUAUGGAUUCGUGCGGGAAGAAUUUAGAUACGGCGGAGGAAAUUGUCGAUGAUCUCCGUUCCAGGUACAGUUGUUAUAAGAGGUUGAAACGGCAAGUGCUUCUGCUCAACGUCGCAAAGAUCCGUAAUGUCAGAGAAAAGAAGCGGGUUAAAGACGAAGAAGAAAAUGACGGUGAAGAAGCUGCUGCUAAGAGGAGGAAGAAGCAGAGACGGGUUGAUGAGAAAGAGGAGAAGUUGCAGCUAGCGGAGCAGUCGCAUCUCAGGAGGAGAAACAAGGAGCGAUCGUCGGUGUCUUGUUCCACGUCGGAAGACAGUGACGGCGAUGUGUCGACCUCCGAGGACGCGAUUUACAGCGAGAAUCUGAGUCCGAGGUUUGAUAUGACAAAGGACACUCUACGAGAUAAGUACACCAAGAUGAACAGUAAAUCAAUUCCAAUUGGGUCUUCUUCUUCGCCUGUGGAAAAGAAUGUCGAAGUUGAGACUGUGACCAACAAACGUAGAAGCAAGAUGGGGUCGGCUAAAGCCUCUCCUUCCGUGAGUGGAACUACUACUACUGGUAAUGGCGAUUUGGGUAAUAAAGGACCUACAUUUAAAGAUUUUGGUGGGAUAAACAAAGUGUUGGAUGAAAUGAAGAUGAAUAUUCUGUACCCGAUUUUCAAUCCCGCACCAUUUAAGAAGUUGGGAGUGAAGCCACUAAGCGGGAUUCUAUUCCAUGGACCACCUGGUUGUGGAAAGACCAUGUUGGCCAACGCUCUAGCCAAUGAAGCUGGUGUUCCGUUUUAUCAGAUUUCAGCCACAGAAGUGGUCUCUGGUGUUUCCGGUGCUUCGGAAGAGAAUAUUAGAGAGCUCUUCUCUAAAGCUUAUAGGACUGCGCCUUCGAUUGUGUUUAUCGAUGAGAUUGAUGCCAUUGGAUCAAAGAGAGAAGACCAGCAAAGGGAGAUGGAGAAGCGGAUAGUAGCGCAACUAUUGACUUGUAUGGAUGGGCCUGGUAACAAGGGCGAUCCUGAUUCCAGUGCUGGCUUUGUUCUCGUCAUUGGAGCUACAAAUAGGCCUGAUGCUCUUGAUCCUGCUCUCAGGAGGAGUGGGAGAUUUGAGUGUGAGAUUGCUCUAAGCGUUCCAGAUGAAGAUGCAAGGGCUGAGAUACUCUCUGUUGUAGCUCAAAAACUUUGUCUAGAAGCUCCCUUUGACAUGAAAAGAAUAGCUCGUUUAACACCAGGUUUUGUCGGAGCUGAUUUGGUAGGCCUUGCUAACAAGGCUGGCAGGAUAGCCAUACAGAGGAUCAUGGAUGCAAGAAGAUCGGAACAACUUUCCGGCGACUCCGAAGAUGAUAUUUCUUGGCUCAGGCGGCCCUGGCUGGAAGAAGAGUUGGAAACACUGGUUGUCAAAAUGUCUGAUUUCGAGGAAGCAGUGAAGUUAGUUCAGGGAUCUUUAACUAGAGAAGGUUUCUCUACAGUUCCCAAUGUCAAAUGGGACGAUGUUGGUGGACUUGACCAUCUACGGCGUGAACUCCGCAAUUACAUUGUCAGACCUAUCAAAAACCCUGAGAUUUAUAAGGCUUUCGGGGCAAACUUAGAGACAGGAUUUUUGCUCUAUGGACCACCGGGUUGUGGCAAGACGUUGGUUUUAAAGGCAGUUGCAAACGAGGCAGGAGCUAAUUUCAUAUAUAUCAAGGGUGCAGAAAUGCUAAAUAAAUACGUUGGUGAAAGCGAGCGUGCUAUUCGGAAUUUGUUCCAGCGCGCCCGGACAUGCUCGCCAUGUAUACUCUUCUUCGAUGAGGUGGAUGCUUUGACGCCACGCCGUGGCAAAGAAGGUGAUUCUGUUGUUGAUCGACUUUCGAAUCAGUUUCUUGCUGAGCUGGAUGGUGGAGAGAGGCGUAAUGUGUUUGUAAUUGGAGCUACAAACAGGCCAGAAGCAGUUGACCCAGCUUUCUUGAGACCAGGUAGGUUUGGGAAUAUUGUGUACGUACCCCUCCCUGACGCAGAUGGGCGUGCUUCAAUUCUAAAAGCUAAUGCAAAGAAGAAGCCCAUAGAUCCAAGUGUUGAUCUGGAUGCCAUUGCGAAGAUGAAGUGCCAAGAUUUCAGUGGAGCUGAUCUUGCUAACUUGGUGGACAAAGCUAUACACGUGGCAGUGGAAGAGAAAUUCAGGUCCAUUGAAGAUGAUGAUAUUACUACAGAUUCAAGUGAGUGUACCAUCAAGAUGGCUCAUUUCGAGCAAGCCUUGUCCUUAGUCGCACCCUCUGUGAACAUAAAGCAAAGAAAACACUACGAGCAACUCUCUUAUAAAGACGCACUCGGAGGAACAUCAUCGAAACAAAUCACCAUAGGAUCAUCUUUUGCCCUUGAGUAAAACUCUUAUAAAAUUAUAUUAAAUUCUGCAAAUUCCCAUUUUGUUUAUCGGAAGAUACCAUCUCUUUAUUACAUAAAGACUCUUUUUAUUACAUAAAGACUCGUCUGUACUUCGACUUCAGACACUUCAAGUUUUGUUCCCAACUGUU